AUGGAACCCACGUGGGAGGAUUUACCAGUUACACUUUGUGAUUCUACCCUAAAUACACUGAAAAAGCUAAAAUUCGUGAAGGCUACACCUGUUCAAGCGGCAUGUAUACCACUUUUUAUUGGCAACAAGGAUGUUGCAGCUGAGGCAGUUACUGGUAGUGGCAAAACGUUAGCUUUUCUUAUUCCGAUUCUUGAGAAACUUGAUAAACACACGACUGAAACGGGAAAACUGAAGAAACAAGAGAUAUUUUCUAUAAUCCUAACACCUACGAGAGAACUAGCCUUCCAAAUCAAAGAGGUCAUUGACCAUUUUCUUGAACACCACGAUGGCGUAGCUUCUAUUUUAUUUAUUGGUGGCGAAAACCUACACAGUGAUGUCAAUAAGUUUAAGUCAAACGGAGGUCACAUUGUGGUUGCUACACCCGGAAGAUUUGAGUCUCUUUUAGAGAAAAAAUGGGAUGGAUGUAAUCUUGCUGCCAGUGUCAAAUCUCUAGAAAUUCUUGUGUUGGAUGAAGCAGAUCGUUUGUUAGAAAUGGGUUUUGAAGCUAGCAUAAACACAAUUCUGAGCUUUCUACCAAAACAGCGUCGGACAGGCUUGUUUUCUGCUACCCAAACAGAUGAGGUAGAAAAACUUAUCAGGGCGGGGAUGAGAAAUCCAGUGCGGAUUAACGUAAAGGAAAAAAGAGAGAGCUCUGACUCAAGUGGCAUAAGAAGGACACCAGCAUCUUUAGAAAACCAGUACAUGAUACUGGACAGUGACGAAAAGUUUAACCAACUCAUUCACUUCCUACACAUUAACAGGGAACUCAAAAUUUUGGUGUUUUUCAGCACAUGUGCUGGUGUUGACUAUUUUUCUAAAGCCAUACAGCAUAUCUUGAAAAAAUCUCAGAUCCUCUCCAUACAUGGCAAAAUGAAGAAAAAGAGGAACAAGAUAUUCUCCAGAUUCAGAACCUUGGAAAGUGGUGCCCUCUUGUGUACAGAUGUCAUGGCCAGGGGUGUGGAUAUCCCAGAAGUUGAUUGGGUUGUUCAAUAUGAUCCACCUAGUUCAGCAAACUCCUUUAUCCACAGAUGUGGACGUACAGCAAGAAUCGGCAAUAAAGGGACAGCUCUUAUAUUUCUGUUACCAACUGAAGAUGCUUAUGUUAAAUUUAUUGAAAUUAAUCAGAAAGCACCUUUAAAGAUGAUAGAAAAAGCAGACAGUGUUCAGAAUCACCUCCCAAAACUUCAGAAAAUGUCCAUGAAAGACCGGGCCAUGAUGGACAAAGCAGCCAAAGCAUAUGUGUCUUGUGUGCAGUCUUAUGUUAAACAUGAGUGCAACAUGAUCUUUAGAGUGAAAGACCUAGACUUUGGUAGACUGGCAACUGGUUUUGGACUGGUUCGUGUCCCUAAAAUGCCAGAAUUGAAAGGAAAAGUGCUGACAAACUUCAUUGCCCCAGAUGUAGACUGGAUGACCAUACCUUACAAAGAUAAAGCCAAAGAGAAAAUGAGACAGGACCAAAUGAAAAAUGGAGAAAUUGUGAAAAAGGGAAAACCUAAAAAACCUUUGCAGACAAAGUCAUGGUCUCAACACAAAGACCGUAAAGACAGGAAAAAGAAACGUAAAGAGAAAUUGGGUAAACGCAAGCAAGAGAUAUCAGAGGAAGACAUUGAUGAUAUUGACAAGGACUUGAAAUUGAUGAAGAAACUAAAAAAGGGAAAGAUAUCUAAAGAAGACUUUGACAAAGAGUUUGCUGAUGAUAGUGACUCGGAUGAAAGUUGACCUGUGAUCCUGUAUAGAUAAGAUUGUGUUAUUAAAGAUUGCUAUUGUGUUAUUUAACACAUUAGACCAGAGUACACUGCUGACACUUGAGAGUUUACCUCAUUUCUUCUGGAAAAAAGGGAAAAAGGGAUAAGACCCUUUAGGCUUCUGUGUAACAAACUUUGUAAAUAUCUUACAGCAAUUCAAUCUGAAUAUGUCAUUAUUGGAAGAAUGCAAGAACUCCCUAACAGAAAUAUGCUGACUGCCUGGUCUACAAGCUAGGGAUAAAAUAUAUGUUGUCUUCAUACUAUAAAUAAGCUCACCAGUAAUAAAUAUUAUUUACCAGAGAUAUGGUUGGAAUUGCACUCCCAAGUGACAUAACCACAUGUUAUAAAUGUUCCUACUGAAUCUUCAAGCAAGAUUUUGUCAGAAUAACAACACAACAAGAUAAUGAGGAGCCUUGUUACAAAGUCUAUUAAGAUAUUUAAUAUGGUAAUUACAUUUUUUUUUACAAUUUCUCUUCAUUUAUAAGCUUCUUUUAAAUGUCAUCUUCUCAAUAAUAAAAAAACCUUUAAUCAUGAUACAUGGCUGAAGUUUCUUGGGAUGAAGCCCGACAAAGUUUGCAGAAAAAAAUAACCUUGAUCCACAUUCAAGGCCACAGAUGUUAAAACCUGCAGUGAUGACUUCUUAAGAACCAAAAGGCCUAUAAUGGUGAAAUUUAGCUAAAAUGUUCCUUUAAUGAAGUCCAACAAAGUUGUGAAAAGAAGUAACCUUGACCAAUAUUCAAGGUCGCAGAGCUUCAAUCCUUCAAGGAGCUUCUGAUCACUAAUUGAAAGGCCUUGAAUGGUGAUAUUUGCUAGGUAGAUGCCUUGGUAUAUGUCUAAUAAAGUUAAGAAAAAGAAAUGAUAUUGACAUGUAUUCAAGGUUACAUGGGUCAGAUGUGUUAAACUCUUCAAACAACAAAGGCCUGGUGUCAUUAUAUUCAUUUGUUAGGUUUCAGGAUGAGGACCAACAAAGUUAACAAAAAUAAAGAACCUUGACCCAUAUUCAAAGAAUCAUAGGCCAAAUUCGUGAAACCAUCAAAAGACUACUUCUCAAAACUUUGAAUGCUAAUGAUUUGCAAUGAUAAUGUAUUUGUGAAAAGCAAUGAAUACAGUGUGAGAGAUACAGAUCCUUUGGCCUCUUGUCUGAUUUAAAUACAUAUUUCCUCUUUGUUGACAUUUCUUACGGUAACCUGUGUAUCUGUUUUUCUCUACUUAAUGAAGAAGUAUUGAAAUUAAACAAGAAUUGAUAUCCUCUUAACUAUUGGUCAUUCAUCGUUGAAGUACGUAAGUAAAUACAGAUUUUACUGCAACUUGCAGUAGUGGAGAAAAAGAUCAUUUGGUCUGACAUGUAACAGAACUUUGUACUAAAGUAAUUUGUACUUUGAUAUACAGUACCCAUAGUUACUGUCCAGAACUUUUGUUUUAGCUUCUAACAUCAUUUAUUUGUCUGUAUUGUUAAUAUUCACAGUAUAUAAAACAAAGUGAUCUAUAAAAAGUUUUG